CAGAGGAAUACGAUGAAUACUGUAAUAUUGGAGAAAAGCAUUCAACAUUUUUAUUUGCUUAUGCUGCUGAUUUUGACGUCUCAACAUAUAAUCAAAUGAAGGAUGUCGUUAUACAAGCUGUGUCCGCUAAUAGGCAUAACUAUACGAAACUGGCAAUGGUUCAAUUUGAUACGGCUGCUGGUCAAGAGAAUAUCACUUAUUUUGAUGAUGUUCUAUCCUUCUCCUCUGCUCUAAGUAGCAACCCACCAAACUCAAAAAAUGCAGCAAGUAGCUCACAGACUUCUGAUGUUUUGUCGGUGGUGUCGUGUUUCCUUGCUGCAUCUGGACGUCCUUUGGAAAGUUCAAUGGUAGUGCUUCUUGUCAAUAGAUGGCCAGCUGCUAACGCAGAUUUAACAUCAAGUGAAUAUGACACUAUUACUAACAACAAUGUGAAGAUUUUCCCAAUCAGUUCUGCCAACAGCUACGUGCAACAGAUCCCAAUCGCAACAGCUAGUGCCAAAAUUUUUACAACGCUAGCCGCAAACAGUAAUGCUCAUUUUGUCUUGGGAGAUUACGGAAAACCUCUGGUUCAGGUAUUUCAAUAUUUGAUGGGUACUGCAUAUUUGGAUAGCUUGACUGUCACACGAAGUUUUGCUGACAGAACGAAGGCUGCUCAAAAACAAAUAGGAAAACUUAGAGUUCCUCAUUCAGAAACUGAGAGUUAUGUCAAUUUUACUAUUACUAUAAGCGUAGGGCUAAAUGGAUGGGGAAACUUCAACUACACUAACACCAAUGGAAUUGAAGUUAUCUUCUACCGAUCUCAAGCCAAUCAGAAAACCGUAAAGUUUGAGCCGGGAAGCUUGCAAGGUACCAACUUCUACUAUGCAACUGUACAACUGAAAGAAAGUUCAACAUAUCAAGUUAUCUAUCAAUCAAGUCUUAUUGAUGGAUCGGUUGCAAUGGUCAGAGUGUGGACGACAAGUGCCUUGUACCACUAUGGAUCUUAUGCUACUUUGGAAGAUCCAAUGGGCGGAAAUACACUUGAUAAAGUUGAUGAGUAUCAGGGAGCAGCGUUGAGAAUGAAAUUGAUGAAUGAUUGCUAUACUAGUCACGCGGGCUACGCCGUCUUCACCGAUUGCACCGGUGCUGUCAGUUCCAAGUAUGACUCUUCCCAAACAAUUCCAAUCGACUACAUUUUUGCCGACGAAGGAAGCUUCCCACACUAUCCAAUCGUCCCAUUCUUUUGUGAUUCUAAACCAAAGAGCACGAUGGACUGUGUUCCUGGAACUGAAAGCAAAUACGAUAUUCAGUUUGUGGCCGGCGAGUUUAUUGUGAAUCGAUCAUUCCAGUGCAGACCAGGAGUAGGACAAAUCAAUCCAAACUGUACAAAUGUGGAUUCGAAUGGAAAUUAUUACUGUAACAGAGAUCAGCUACCAUACAUGAGAGGUCCAACUGGUCAAAUUCCCGACUGUCUUGGACAUGGCCACGUGGAGUACGAUUUUGCGUUUGCUGAAGCAUACAUUUGUGUUUGUGACAAUGGUUAUUCCGGAGAUUCUUGCCAAAUUAAGAACUGAAGCUGUAAUUCGGUUUUUUUUGUUUCAUAUUUAAUUAUAAAUCUUUGAUUUUCUUUU